GAGGAACCCAGAUCCAACAUGGCGGAGGGAACUGGGUGUAAAUAAACACACGUUAGACGUUUUAAAAGCUAUAGCUAACAACACUCGCAUUUUUGUGUAUAUGACAUAUUGUACCGGGGAAGUAAAAUGUCAACUGACGGAAACAAGAAACAAUUCUGGAAAAGAAACACAGCUAAGGUCCCUGGCAGCAUACAACACGUGUAUGGUGCUCAACAUCCUCCUUUCGACCCUCUUCUACAUGCUAAUCUAAUCAAAGCGGGCAACAAGCCCCAGACGACACCGGGAGGGAAGCCAAAGAAAGCCACCACCUUCCAGGAGUUUGAGAGCAUCACCAGCGAUGCCUGGGACGUGGGGGACGAUGACGACGAGCUGCUCGCCAUGGCCGCACAGAACCUCAACAUCGAGGUCGUCAUGGAAACCGCCAACAAGGUUAUCGAGAACCACAGCAAGCAGCAGGAGAAGCAGAGACAGGACGAUGCCGGCGCGUCAGAACUGGAGGAGAGAGAGGAAGAGGACACAAAUGAAGAAGAGGAAGAGCAGGGGGAGGAGGGGGAGGAAUCGACCCCUGAGGUGUCGUUUGCCUCUGAGCCCAGCCCGCUCAGCGAUGGCAGACUUGUGAAGUCACUGAGUGAGGCCCCCAUCGGAUCACCUAAGGAUGCGGCCGGAGAGAGAGCGUCGCUCCACAGACAGCAGUCCCUGCCCCACCGGCCCACCAUCCCCAUGGUGGCUCGUAUAGCUGACCAGAACACCUCCGGGACCCCAGCCAUGACGGAGAGAGAAGCCUCUCGCCUGGACAAGUUCAGACAGGUCCUGGCUGGACCAAACACUGACCUUGAUGAAUUACGAAAGUUGAGCUGGUCUGGAAUUCCGCGCCAGGUUCGUCCAAUCACGUGGAAGCUCCUUUCGGGUUACCUUCCUGCCAACACAGAAAGGAGAGAGAGCACGCUACAGAGGAAGAGACAGGAAUACUUUGGUUUCAUAGAACAGUACUACGACUCACGCAAUGACAAGCACCACCAAGACACAUACAGACAGAUUCGUAUAGACAUCCCCCGGAUGAGUCCGGAGUGUCUAUUGCUGCAGCCUAUGGUGACAGAGAUUCACAUUGACAUACCGAGAACUAAUCCCCUUAUUCCUCUCUUUCAACAAGCUUCUGUCCAAGAGAUCUUUGAGCGUAUCCUGUUCAUCUGGGCGAUCCGCCACCCGGCCAGCGGCUACGUGCAGGGCAUCAACGACCUCGUCACGCCUUUCUUCGUCGUCUAUGUCUUUGAGUACAUCAAGGAGGAGGUGGAGAACUUUGACGUGUCCAGCUUGCAGGACGAGACUUUGCGGAACAUCGAGGCUGACAGUUUCUGGUGCAUGAGCAAGCUGUUGGACGGGAUUCAGGACAACUACACAUUUGCCCAGCCGGGGAUCCAAAUAAAAGUGAAGGAUCUGGAGGAGUUGGUCAGCAGGAUCGAUGAAAUGGUGCACGUCCACAUGCAGCAGUAUGAAGUGGAGUAUCUCCAGUUUGCCUUCCGUUGGAUGAACAACCUGCUGAUGAGAGAGCUGCCGUUACGCUGCACUAUACGCCUCUGGGACACCUACCAGGCUGAACCAGAGGGAUUCUCUCACUUCCAUCUCUACGUAUGUGCUGCUUUCCUGGUACGAUGGAGGAAAGCUAUUCUGGAUGAGAGAGAUUUCCAGGGUCUGAUGAUCCUGCUGCAGAACCUACCCACCAUGCACUGGGGCAACGAGGAGGUCAGCGUGCUCCUGGCCGAGGCCUACAGGCUGAAGUUUGCCUUCGCUGACGCCCCCAACCACUACAAGAGAUGAGUGUGGCCCAUGUGGCCCCUGACAGUUAGCUACUGAACCCCUGACAGAGGCCCCCUGGAGGACGGAUGGACCCCCUCCUCGACUUUCUUGUCCCUCGGCAGUCCACGACCAUUGCUACUAGUAGAUUAAAACAAAAAUAACAUUUAGGUCCCAAAUGCCACCCUAUUCUCUACAAAGUGCAUUACUUUUGACCAGAGCCCCAAGUAGUGCACUAUGUAGCGAAUAGGGUGCCAUUUGGGAAGCAUCCAACCAGUGCUUCUUGGUAUGUGUGUACCGUUCCAACCGACUGCUCUUCUUAACUCUUCUUCUCUUUGUUCUUAACAAUGAAAUUACAUUUGUGCAACACUGCAACAACAUAAAUGCCUGUCCCAUCGAAGUAGACCCCAGCCAAACAAGAAAGACCUCCAGUCAGUAUGAUAAUGGAGAUCUUGCUGCAGACCCAUGGAUGACUGUUCUAGACUGUCCUGUAUUGUACUGUUUGUCCCUGACUGGCCACAGCCCAAGACCUAAUGAAUUAAUUGUAGGCGAGACCUUCUGUACUAGGUUGAUAUCUGUCACUUUUAAUUCCUAAGGAAACUGAGGACACACACGUCAUCAUUCUAGUCAUCCCGAGCUGGCAUCGAGCUCUUCUCUCAUCUCCACGCUCCAUGCUUUCAGUUCAAGACAAGCGGUCAAUCCCCCAGAGACAAGUGGGUUUUUAGUUCAAAACAGAAACACAUUCACAUAAAAGGCAAUAAUUAGCUAAUAGGGAGAUCAGAAAGUAUGUAUUAUUAUGGGUGGUGUCAUUCUGACUCUGACUUGGUCCGCAGGGCUGGGUCUAAUAAUAUAACGUCUAACAACACUCUCUGAGCUCUAUCGUAUUAUGUCAGAUAUUUGUGAUAUUUGUCGGUUGGCCGAGGGAGGGACGAGUGUCGCGUGACUCUGCCCGACGUACGGUCGUCUCUGAACCUAGGACUCACUACCUAACUCGAUCAGUCUAUUAGUUAGACACGUUGGCACAGCACCAUGCAGUGGUGAGCAGUCACCUUUUUAGGCCAGGAGAUUUCCUAGUUAGGUCACAUGGUCUGAAGAAGAAAAAAAAAACUCCAGGCCGUAGCCCUUUACACUCGUAACUGGUUGAUAAUGGCGGAUUUGGGCACUAGUAAACAACUACAUUGGAACGCAGUGGCUGUACAGUAAUGUGCUACACAUGUCAGAGCUCUGGCUCUGCGCUUCACAGCGCUGUAGGGGUUUUUGACUGACAGCCGUUCUGAACUUGAGCACCUCGUGUGACCUUGUUGUGAGUGAGAAUGUGUUUUCAGUCAAUUUACCGGGUAAAACAAAAAAAUUGCUGUACAUCUUUGAAAGAUGAGGCAUUGAGGAUUCUAAUAAAUACCGUUUUGUCAUGCAAGCAAGACAAACACCCGUGAGUUCAAAUAUGCACUUCACAUUUCCAUAUCAUAAAACUCAUGUCAUAUAUAGUGUCAAUGUUCAUGAUCACUAGGUUUGAUUCGUUGUUCUGAACAGAAUGAGCCUAUGUUUGUCUAUUGUGAAGAGAAUUUGCCACGGCAGACACACUUGAAUGCACUCAAGACUCCUUUCUUUGCGCACCAAGAUUAUCAUCUGUUUCCCUGAAUUGCAUUGUGAAAGCAAGUAAUAUCGCAUUUUAUAACUUAGCUAGUCGUUUUGGCAAUAGAGCAAGCUUUCAAAUGAGGCCCACCUGACUCAGAUUGCGAUUUUUUAUGGAGCGUUUUUGGAUUGCGUAAACAACAACAGUAAUUGUGUGACGACGGGAAUGCAGGGUUGUGUUCCAAACAAAACAACUACAAGUGUAUUUGCGCUAGUUCCUUAACGGCACAGCUAGGAGAGCUCAUAAAGGCACAUUAUAGAUGAAGACAUAAUGCUUUGAAAUGACCUAGGAACUGUGGACACUGGAGAGGUAUGUGGCCACAAGGAGACACCAGUUAGUCGCUCUCACUCAAACCCUUGUAAUCGUUUUGUCUUAUGUUGCACCUACCCCACAUUGUCCAGGAAUGUUCUUAUCAUGUUACUGAAAAAAUACAGAGUAUUCUUUGAAUUUGUUACCAACAAAUGCUGUUAAAGUACAGUAAAUGUAGAACGCACAUAAAAUCAAGUGUAAUCAUUUUCCCAUAAACUCCUAACGGUUCCCUUUCAAUUGCUACCAUGGUCAUGCAUAUGCUUUUCAUAUUUCUUCUGUAAGAAACAUUUCAAUUUAGCCCUAUCCAUAUAGUCCGAUUUCCACGAGUGUAAAGGGUUACAAAUGACUCCCCAAAACACAGAAAUAGGGACCAUGAGUUUAGUUUUUUUCUGGUCAGGCUGCGUGGUCAGGCAAAACUCCUGGACUAUGACAAUUUGUCAUAGGGCCCAUAGUUAGAUUUUUGGAAAAGAUAAACUAAAUUGCUGACACGGGUCAUUGUACCCUGUGUUCGUUAUUUAGUCUAUUCAUAAACACUUACUGACUGAGGGUGUUAGGGUGUGAUACAGUAUCUCUCUCCAUUUGCCUUAAUUUGACUGCUUAGGUUUUUUUAUUUGAUGUACCAAACAUGAGGUAGCAACUAGCAAGGUUGCCUGAGGUAGCAACUACCACCAUUUUGGUGUAGAGCCCUCAAACUCAACUCAGUUCCACACCUGUUUUUCAUUGUUCCCCUCUAAUCAGGAACUGAUUUAGAUUUCAGACAACAGGUGGGUGCAAUUAAUUAUCAGGUAGAACAGAAAGACAGCAGGCUCUGCACCACGUGGGUUAAGAGUUGUAUACCCCUUGUGUAGAGGAUUGCUAAAUGAUGUUGAAAUAGUAUGUACAACUUGUAUCAUCAAGAACAUCCUGUCAGGUAACACCGAAUACCAAUAAUUGUUGCAUGAACCCCUCGAUGAUGUGUGUUGUUGAUAUGUGGGUUGGGAGUGUAUGUAUAGAUGGGGCAGCUUAAUACUCUCAGUAUUUGAACCUUCUCAGCUUCUUUUGAUCAUGUCGGUAAUGCUUUUGCGCUCCAUGUCAGUUCCAGGCCCAAUUUCCUAUUCUCUCAUUGAUUAGAAAUUGAAAUAACUACACUUGAUAAAAGUACAUUUUCUUCCCUUUUUUUGUACGAAAUAUAUUAUUUGGAAUCAGCUUUAAAAAUCAGUCUCUCUACCUUUUUUCUAUACUGUUUACAUGAGCCUUUUAAGUUGUGCCUAAUGUAGAGAUAGCAGAUCAUAGAUAUUUAUUUUACCUUAAUUUAAGCUCUGCAAAUGACACGAGAACGUUUAUUCAGUUGAUGCAUUCACUCUCUGUUUGCUAAGCCAUGACAGUGAUUGCAUCCAAAAUGGCACCCUAUUUCCUAUAUAGCGCACUACUUUAUGGGCUCUGGUCGAAAGUAGUACACUGUAUAGGGUGCCAUUUGGGACGUAACCCAUGUGAGUCCACAUAAUCACAUCAGUAAGUCUAGCAGCUGCCUUCUCUGGUAUCCUUAUGUGUUUCAACUUGGUCUGAUGUUCCCAACAAACCUUACAGACACACCUUCUGUAAAAGUCACAAGCCCUUCGUUAUCAUGGUUACUGUGGUGACCAGGUGUCUGUCCGCUGGCUGGAGCCCUCGGACACACAUACUGGACAUUUGCAGUCAGCAUCUCAGGGGGCAUGACCUAACAUGUUUGGUCUCCCUCCUAAAGCUUUUUUUUUUAGGGUUGAAUUUCACUCUUUCUUUUGUUCUGUUUCUUUUCAGAGAUGUUAAAAUGUUUCUGACCAAACUAAGACUGGUCCUCUUUCCCUUCUGACUUCUGACUAAGACAUCUGAAAGUGUGAAUCUCAUACAGUGGAGAGGGAUUGUGAUUAUUCUUUUUUUUUAUAUAUAUAUGUAUGUGUACAGAGCAAAUGAAUUUUGAAACAAAGAUCUGUAAAUAGAAAAGUGUAAAUAAAUGCUAUAUAUGACCAAA